CUUAUCGAUAUAGAUUAAAGCCUUUAGCUACGUAGUCGUAGAUAUUUUUUAGAGUAGAGCAAGUCGAAUCUCUAGUGAAUAAGUGAAGGCCUACAGAAUGCCUCUUUUUGGCAAAAAAGAUUUUGGCCGAAAGUCAAAAAAAGACGGUAAAGAAACUGAAAAGCAGCCAUCCAUCGAGGACAAAUAUGUUGUAAAGGAUCUACUCGGAACGGGAGCGUUUUCAGAAGUACGUCUCAUUGAGAGCAAAGAAAAUGGACAUUUGUUCGCUUGCAAAAUUAUUGAUAAAAAAGCCCUCAAAGGUAAAGAAGAUUCAUUGGAAAAUGAAAUUAGGGUCUUAAAAAGAUUUAGCGAAAACGCAAAAGCAGAAGGUGGCGAGAAAAAAAUGUUUUCUCACCCUAAUAUCGUCCAGCUGCUAGAGACAUACGAAGAUAAGAACAAGGUCUAUCUUGUAAUGGAAUUAGUAACAGGAGGUGAGUUAUUUGAUCGAAUUGUUGAGAAGGGAUCAUAUACAGAAAAAGACGCGUCUAAUCUUAUUAGACAAGUAUUAGAGGCUGUGGAUUACAUGCAUUCUCAGGGAGUGGUACAUAGAGAUUUAAAGCCAGAAAAUCUUCUUUACUAUAGUGCUGAUGAGGAUAGUAAAAUUAUGAUAAGUGAUUUUGGCCUCUCUAAGAUUGAAGAUUCAGGAAUAAUGGCAACAGCUUGUGGUACACCAGGAUAUGUUGCUCCUGAAGUACUAGCUCAAAAACCUUACGGUAAAGCUGUUGAUGUGUGGAGUAUAGGAGUUAUCUCUUAUAUUUUGCUAUGUGGUUACCCACCAUUUUAUGACGAAAAUGAUGCAAAUCUUUUUGCCCAAAUUCUUAAAGGUGAUUUUGAAUUUGAUUCUCCUUAUUGGGAUGACAUUAGUGAAUCAGCUAAAGAUUUCAUCCGGCAUUUGAUGUGUGUUGAUGUGGACAAGAGAUAUACAUGCAAGCAAGCCUUAGCGCAUCCAUGGAUUUCUGGUAAUGCAGCUAGCAACAAGAAUAUUCAUGGUACAGUGUCUGAGCAACUUAAGAAGAACUUUGCCAAGUCCCGCUGGAAACAAGCAUAUCAUGCGACUACAGUUAUCCGACAAAUGCAAAAAAUGAUUCUCAGCAGCAGCAGCAGUUCAAGUCGUAAUACCAACGCCCAGCCCAAGACCCAACAAUAGUUUCUCCUCUGAAUUAGCGACUUCUAAUGUGAUUAAGGUACUUAAUGAUAAAUAUUUCUCUGAAUUUGGAUCACCCAGCAAAAACAUAUGUAAUCAACUUGUCAGUUGGUACAACAUUAUUAAUUUGGUAGACAACAUUAAAGUAAUUGAUAUUUAUUGUUGAGGCAAUUGCCAGCAAUAAGUAUCCUUGUUAAAUUUACUUCAUUACUUUUGUCAGUGUUUUAAUUUCAAAGGGUGAAUACAUACACCUAGAAAUUACUUAUUGAUAAUAAUCAACGAAACUUAAUAGAAUAUUGGACUAGUCACAGUAAUUAUGAGGUUUUUAAAUAGAUAUCAAAUCAUUUUUUAAUCAUUAUUUGCUUUACAAAUGUAAUUGUUGUUAAGGAUGUGGUUAGUUAAACAAUGAUGCCUUCUUUUUUGAAUGUAAAAUUAGUGAAGGAGAAAUCAGUGUUUAAUUACAAACACUAAACAAUGUUUAUAAGUAAAGCUGUAUCUCUGUAUAAUUUGUGUAAGUGGUAUUUUUAAGUUGUGAACUUAAAUUGUUUUUUUUUUUUGAAGUACUUCUUUUCGAAGGCUUCUUGCUUUGUUACUCUUCUUGGAAUCUCAAACUUCAAUCCAUGUCAUUUAUAAUCUCUGUUUAAACUUUUACAUGACAUAUAAUAAAGUAACAUGUGUAAUAUGAAAAUCUUUGAAAGAAUCUUCAUUUAUCUAUUGAAUAAUUAAAAUGAGUAGUGAGGGUUAAUAUUCUCUUCUGAACAUUCUGUGCUAAUAAUAACUUAGAGAUAAAGUGAUAAUCCCAUAAUGCUAAGAUUUGUUGGAAGUUAAUAUAAAAUAUAAAUUAAUCAUUAUAUGAAUGCCAUUAGAUAUUUGGGCUUCACGGGCUGAUAAUAUGACAUAUUUAUAGCCACAUAAAUGUGCAUAUUUAUUGUUACUGUUUUAUGAAAAGGAGCUGUCCAAAAAGUGUAUUUAAAUAAUUCGGAUUUUCAGCUAAUAUUAGGAUUUGAAAGUUUGUUAUUAAAAUUUGAUAGUUAUAAUAUUGCUAGAAAUGUGAUUAGCUGCUGUUUCCAUUGAUUGUAUGCAAUAGUUGUAUUUGUUAGGUUAUGGUUAACAUCUGUGGGAUCUAAUUGGAUUGACUUUGUUUAUACAAAUAUUGUUUACAAUUGAAUAGAAUGGAAGUUUCUGAGCUAUAAUUAAUGUGUGUGUGUAUGUGACAUAUUUCCUAUUUAACCAUAUUAUAAUAAAAUAGUUGUUUUAAAAAGUAUAUGCUAUAAUAUGUAAGUUAAAUAUUCUAAAUUUGACUCCUUCCUAUCUAUUAGUAGUUUUAUAAAUACAAAAUGACUACAUCAUAGUCACUGUUCUUUUCUCAAAUACUAUCGCUGAAAAAAAAUAACAAUAUUCCGUAACUGCUGUUAGACUAGAAAACUAAUAUUUUAAUGGGCCUAAUGCAGAAUUCACAAAAUAGCUUCUUUAUAUUUAUUUAUCUUAGAAAAAUAAUAGAUCAAAACAUUAAGCACGAUUUUUUAAUUCCACUUUUUGAAAUAAGCUAUAUUUUUUACUUAAAAAAAAUCAUAAAUAUUUAGAGCUCGAAGGAGAUAGGUAAAAAAAAAUAUGUAAAAACUACUUGUUUUCAAAAAACAAAGCAUUUUCCAAAAUGUUUUUUUUUUAAAUAAGGUCAACAUUGUUACCUAAGUGCAAUCUAUGUUAUAUAUUAUAGAUUUUAGUUCAGAGAUUUUAUAACUACAUAUUCUUGUUAUUAUAAGGUAGUCAUAUCAUGCUAAGCAUAACACAAGCAACCAUUAACCUAAUGACUUAGAAUUUUUUAUGAUUCUUUAGCAAUUUCAUUAACUAUUAUCUUACUUUCCAAUACAUAUUUUAGUUAUGUAGUUAUCUGACAAAAACUACAUUCCGAUAAGGAAUCCUAAUGUUAUAUCUUUUAAUAAAGACAUUCCAUUUUUCAGUAUUGCACUUUUACUAUUGGAUUAUGUUGAAAACUUUUUAUUAUAUAAAAUAUAAAUAUUUGUAUUAUACAUAUUAAAUUGAAAUUAUAUAUAUUUUUACAUAAAUGUAUAAUUUGAGUUAAUUAUAAUCUGAAAAAAUUAAUUCAAGUAAUUGUGUCUUCCGUCCACAUCUUUCACGACCAACACCUUGUCAAAACUUGAUUUCACCUAUUUUAUUUACAAUCAAAAUGAAAUAGAGUGGUCCAUCUUAUUUAAUUUGAUAUUAAUUUAUGUCAUAUAUCCAAAAGUUUCCUAAUGAAAAAAUAUUUACAAUUCUAUCAGAAAUAUAAAUGUAAAGAAAUGUAAUUUGUGUUCAUGAAGGCUGUGACGGGAGAACUGAUUUAUAGAUUUUAAAAAUAUGUAAUUGAAAAAAUUGUGGUGAGUUACGAUAUUGUAAUGUAUUAAUUCAAAAAUGUAAAUGAAAAAACUUUUUUUUGACAUGGCUAUGUAGACUGUACUUCUAUAAAUUUUAUCCAUGCCAGGGUAACCAUUAUGCACUUUACUUUACAAUAUCACUUUACUUUAAUUAUAUGUUAAGCAUUUAAUUUAGAAAAGUAAGAUUUACUUGAUUUUCAUAUGAAUUAAUGUUUUUGUAACCUAUGACAUUUAUGAUAUUGAACUCUGUUAAUUAUUCUUGUGACAAGGUUUUUCCUGUUUAUGACAUACUAGUCCUUUUUAAUCUCAUUUUGAUGAAUAUGGUAUAUAUAAAUAUAACAUUAGAUUAAUAUGACAAGUAAACUUAAGACACUAUCUUAUUUAUCAGUUUUUUUUAAUCCAAUAAAACAUAAUUAUAACCACAUUGUGUUCUAUAAAAUAUUCUAUAUAUCACGAUAAAUCGGCUAUUGUUUACUUUAAAAUCUUGAUUGUGGAAAAUUCUAGUUUUUUAUAUUAGUUUACAAUAUUAUUGCAAUGUACAUUAAAAUAAUGUAAUUAACGUACUUAUUAUUUGUAAUAAUAAUAUAUGUGUCUAUAGAAGAUAUCGGUUGAAGCGCCUUCUAAAUACGAUGUUUUUAUAUUAUAGGACUGGUCACUGAUUUUAGAAGUAAGGAGUUAAUGAUUUAUCGAUAAUUUGUAUGUCUAUUUAUCUAUUAUGUUUGUGCCAUUAUAAUUAUUUACUAGCCUUUCUAAAAAGUGAUAAAUUUUAUAUAAAGUAACAUAAGGCUUACUCUUUUAUUAUAUAAUAUGUACAUUAUAUAAAUAUUUUAAAUUGUUGUGCGUGAUAUUAGAAAUUGCAUAUUAUACUUUGCUUUCAUAGCUGUCAAUGUUUUUAUAUUUCAAACGAAAUUUAUUGGCAUUCUAUCUAGAGCUUAAGUAAUUGUGCGUUGUAACAAAAUUUAAAGAGGCGUAUAAAAUUACUAUUAUGAAGUAUUAUGCGCACAAUAUGAUGAACAAUAUUUUAAUAAUUUCCAUUGGUGGAUUAUAUUUGUUAAAUUCUAAAUAAUGAUGACAUAUAUAUUACAUAUUUUAUAAUUGUUUUAAUCAAGACUUGUAGUUUAGAAAUUUGAAACAGACACAGAUGCCUUGUGUUCUUUGACCAUAAUAAACCUUGCCAUACUCUGAUGUGGGUUCCUGCAAUUAGGUUACUUUCAAGCUUGCUCUCUUAUAGCCACAUAUCACUUGUUAUUAAUUUUUUCACUGUGCCAAACCAUAUCUUGUUCCGUGAUAGCAUGUUAUAGAAGAUAAACAUGGAAUAUUUUUCUUACUCGACAAAGGUUUAUGCAGUGCUAAUUGUAAUAAAUUCAAGUUCCUUGUCGAAUAAAAAAAUGUAUUUCUUUAUUUUAUAUAUUAAUUAUAAGUACAUACCUAACACAUCACUAUUUUUCGAAGGUUAUUACUUUAAAUUUUUUUAUGUAACACAUAUUAAUUUUUAAUUAGCACAAUAGUUUUAAGGGUUGGGAUAAAAAAUAUCGACAAGUUUCUUUUUAUGUACUGAUUUAUUUAGUAUUGACCAUUACGUAGUUGCGGUUGUUGAAUCGUUUGCCUCAUCAAAAAGAAUGUAAGAGCGACGUGACAAUGCAUAAUAAUACUAGCUUGUUUAAAGAUCUGAUGCUAUACUGAAUUCGUAAUCUUGUGAUUUUAGAUUUUAUACUUCUUGUUCUAAACAAUAAAAAGUUUUAGUAGAUAUUAGAUGUUAGCUCUAUUUUCAAUGUCAUUGUAAAUAAAAUGCCAACUUGUUGAA